UUUUAAGUACUUAAGUACUGUAUUAGAGGUAAAAACAUUUAAAAAUGUAUUUAUGAAAUACUAGAGUAUGAUAUGUGCUUUACAAUGUAGCAAGGUAUUUUUCCUAGGGAUGCACCGAAAUGAAAAUUCUUGUCCGAAGCCGAAUAAAAAUGAAAAACUUGGCCGAAGGCCGAACACCGAACAUGGCUUUUCGUAUUUCUUCUAUUUAUUUAGCCAAUUUUUUCACUAUUGCAUAAACUGAAUGGUCAAAAUGUGCUUUUAAUAUUUUGUCUUGCUUUUCAAUAUAAUACAAUAUAACAUAAAAUAAAAUUGAGCAAAACAAAUAGGCUAAAUUAAAACAUCAAUGUUUUUAUCCACCUAUAUUUCAUUAGCUCCGGUUAAGUUGAUGUUUGAAAUAAUGCCGGUGCGGGUAAAGUCUCCGCAACAGUUCUCGCGUGUGAUGCACUUUUGAACUUCCGUAUUUACCAUAGCGCUCUAUGUAUGUGCCCUGAUCCACUCUUUUCAUUUACUCCGGUUAAACAUUUACAUCUACAUUUAGUCAUUUAGCAGAUGCUUUUAUCCAAAGCAACUUACAGAGAGUUCAGGGAGAAAUAAGAGAUAUGUCAUACAGGAGCAAUAAUAGAAUAGGUGCUAAUACAAAGUUACUAGUUUCAACAAAAGCCAUUUUUACUCAUUUGCCUGUCAAGUAUUCACGAUGAUCACCAACAGAUGGGUUUUAAGUAGUUUUUUGAAUGUUGUGAGAGAUGUGGUUGACCGGACUGUGUUCGGAAGAAUGUUCCACCAGGAAGGAGUUGUGAAGGAGAAAGAGCGGGAAAGCGAUUUACUGCCCUUUUGAGAAGGCAAUACAAGAUGCCGCUGGUUUGCUGAACGCAGGGUUCUUGAUGGGGUGUAGGAGUGUAGGAGGGUGCAGGGCUCGACAUUAACGUUUGUCCGCUUGUCCGGGACAAGUAAAUGUUUCGUAUGGGCAAGUGAGAGAGAAUUUUACUUGCCCGACCGGACAAGUAACUUGAAAAAAAGAACAGUGCGACAUUUGUAGAAUAAUAAGAAUAUAUGCAUUAGACAGAGCUGCGUGUUUGUCGUGGUUGUGCUUGUUUGUGUGUGAUAAUAAUCAAUGCGCACCGCACUGAGUCCACGCGGACGCGGAAUCCUGUUAUUUAAAUGUCAUCUGGCUGUUCUGAGUGUCUGAGUGAAUUAUGUGCACAGUUUAACAUACAACACAAGUGAUGGUCGAGGAUUUAUCUGCGCUGCACUGUAUGAGGAUAUGAACACAUGAACUUCAUCUCCAGAGUUGCUCUGAGAGUUUAUUUUACGAGCGUUUUAGUGUUUGAGUGAAGCUAUCUGCAAACAAGCGUCUUCCCAAAGACCCGUCAAAAUAAAAGUCCCGUUAAAUUGAACACUCAGACAAAAAAUACUGUAGUGUACUAUUGAAAAUUGAAAUGCCCUUGUAGUAAAUUGAUUAACACUGUACACUAUAGUAAAGUUAAAAAACAAUAUAGUAGGAAAUUUACUGCAGUUUACUAUAGUAAAUACUAUAGUAACCUACAGUAAUUUAUGUGGACAAAUAUACCACUAUCGUAUAAUAAAAAAGGAAAAACACAGAACUUAGAAAUAUUAAAACAAAUUUAGGUCAUCUAAAAAUGAUAUGGCCCUAAUUUAUCCAUCUGUAUGUAACAUGAAUGUCUUUUGUCAGUUAUCUGCCUAUAAAUAAAGAACUACACUUGCACAUUUCUGCCUGUGCUACCAAACUUUAAACCUCUCUAGCACCAGUGCUAUGUGCAAAAAAGUUAACUUACAGCCUUAACACUAAUAAUAAUUACUGCUUGCCUUUGUUUUAUAGCAGUCACGGAGAGUAGGCCUAUAACCAAAUUCAGGCGGCCAAAGCGGGCACUAGUUAAAAUGUUUAGAAGCAAACUUGACCAGUCUAAAUCCGAAACAAUUAUAUUGAAUAUAUUAUAUUAUAAUUCAAAUGAAAUAUCUUUUUUUAUCUUUGGACAAGUAAUUUUUGUACUCGGACAAGUGAAUGACAAAUUUACUUGUCCGAAGGACAACCACACGACAAUGCUUAAUGUCAAGCCCUGAGGGUGUGAAAGUAUGCCGGUGCAGAUCCAGUGAUAGUCCUGUAGGCAAGCUGUAGCAAGUUCGUAACAAACACAGGAAGGAAGAGGCUGGAAUCAGGCAUUAGCUACCACUGGCAGGUAAGUUUAUUGUCACAAGUCCUUUCUAGCGCUCUCUGCGCUCUCAGCAUACACACGCACACAGUAAUCACUGGUAAGUCUCUUUGCCGUAGGUUCCACACGGUUCUCUCUCCGCUGCUUCCGCUCAACUAUUCCACUGCCAGUCGUAGCCACGUCUCAGUUCCCAGCUAGUGCUGCCUCGCUGGUAUUUAAGCCUCCCCACGCCACUUGCUGGAAUGAGACACAGGUGUUCAUCAUUUGCACCUGCCCCACUCACUCACCGCUCGUCUCCUCACUCUCUCUCCCGCUGCAGACUUCGCUGAACCACGCCCCCUCUGCCACACAGGCAUUAGUGACUUGAAUCUGAUACGGGCUUCAACUGGUAGCCAGUGGAGAGAGAUGAAAAGGGGAGUCGCAUGAGCCCUUUUGGGCUGUUGGAAGACGAGAUGUGCUGCUGCUUUCUGAACCUUUCUGAAGUUUGAUAGCCUUUGCAGGAAGACCAGCAAGGAGAGCAUUGUAGUAGUCCAACAUUGAGAUUACCAGGGCCUGGAGAAGGAGUUGUGCCGCAUGCUCAGUGAGAUAGGGUCUAACCUUUCUAAUGUUGAAUAAGGCAUAUCGGCAUGACCGCGUUGUCUUUGCAAUGUGAUCAUUGAAGGACAGCUAUUCAUCAAAUAUGACUCCGAGGUUCCUGGCUGUUUUGGAAGGAGCAAUUGUGGUAUUGCCAAGUCGGCUGGUGAGAUUGUGUUGCACCGUGGGGUGUGCCGGAAACACGACUAGUUCUGUCUUGGCAGGGUUCAGCUGGAGGAGAUGCUCUUUCAUCCAAGCUGAGAUGUCUUCUAGGCAGGCUGUAAUGCGAGCUGCUACAGUGGUAUCGUCUGGGUGAAACGAGAUGUAGAUCUGGGUGUCUUCAGCAUAACAGUGAUACGAGAAGCCGUGUGCCCGUAUGAUGGGUAGAUGGAAAAAAGCAGUGGUCCAAGCACCGAUCCCUGAGGGACCCCAGUGAUCAUGUGGUGAGCAGUGGACAGCGAGCCCCUCCAUGACACCCUGAAGGAUCUGCCGGAGAGGUAGGAUUUGAACCAGCGGAGAGGAGUGCCUGAGAUUCCUAGAGAUGACAGGGUUGCUAGCAGUAUCUGGUGAUUGACAGUGUCGAACGAUACAGAUAAGUCUAGCAGAAUCAGGACCGAGGAUUUAAAUUCUGCCUUGGCGAGCCACAGUGCUUCUGUGAACGAUAGCAGUGCAGUCUCAGUGGAGUGGUUUGUUUUGAAGCCAGCCCGCUUGUCAUCCUGUAGUUUAUUAUGGGAAAGGUAGGAAGACACCUGGUUGAAAGCUGCCCUUUCAAGUGUUUUUGCAAUAAAUGGGAGGAGAGAGACAGGUCUGUAACUGUUGGUAGUAGAGAGGUCCAAUGUAGGUUUCUUAAGUAGGGGCGUGACCUGGGCCUGUUUGAACGUGGAUGGAUAGGUGCCCGUGAGCAGGGAGGUGUAUGAUGUGAGCGAGUGCAGGUGUGAGUGUGCUGGAUAUGGCCUGAAGGAGAUGGGAGAGGAUUGGGUCAAGGGGACAGUUGGUGGGAUGGCUGGAGAGAAGUCUGGUGACUUCAGUGUCAGUCAGUGGGGCGAAAGAGGAGAGUUCAAUGUUUGAAGUGAGGGUAGUGUGUACCGAGGUGAGGUGCUGAGAAUUGUUUGCUGAUGGAUGAUGUUUUCUCAGUGGAAAAUACAGCGAAGUCCUCCGCAGUCAAAGAUGAAGUGGGCGAGGGAGGCGGGGGGCAAAGAAGAGAGUUGAAUGUCUUGAAAAGCUGCUGAGUUUCAGGUGCAUUGCUCACCUUGGUGUGGUAUAAAGAUGUUUUAGCUGUGGUGACACUAGCAGAAAAAGAAGAGAGUAUUGACUGGUAGUUUCUUGGUCUUGCGCCAUUUCCUUUCAGCAGCCCUGAGUGUACUCGGAGGAUGUCAGACAGCCAAGGGCAGGAGGGGGUGGCGCGAGCUGGCCUGGAGGACAGAGGACAAAGGUUAUCUAGACAGGAUGUAAGUGUUGAGCAUAGGGUCUCUGUGGCAGUGUCAACAUCUAGAGAUGCGAAGUUGGAGGGAAGAGAGGAUGUCACUUUAGCAGAGAGGGUGCUAGGAGAGAGAGAGAGUGAAGUCUCCGUCUAAAAUAAAUGGGUGGUGGUGUAGGUGUAGUGCAUGUAGGAAGGAGCAUGUUGAAAGUGAUGAAGAAGUGGUCAGAAAUGUGAAGAGGUGUGACUAGAAUGUUAUCUGUGGUGAGGUUACGGUUGUAGAUGAGAUCAAGCUGGUUUCCUGAUCUGUGAGUACCGGCUGUGGCGAGGCGCGUGAGGUCGAACGAGGCGGUGAGGGUGUGGAAGUCAGAAGCAUUGGGUUUCUCCAGGUGGAUGUUGAAGUCCCCAAAGACUACAAGAGGGCCGCUAUCCUCCGGGAAUGAUGAGAGCAGCACAACUAACUCUUCAAUGAAGUUGUGAAGAGGGCCUGGGGGGUGGUAAACUACAACAACACUGAGCUGAGUGGGAGAAGUGAUAUUAACAGCGUGGUAUUCAAAUGAAUAGUUGUUGCAUAGAGAAGAUAGUGGGGAUUAUUUCCAAUUAUUGUUGAUAAGCAAACCUGUGCCUCCUCUUCCAGUUUGGGGGGGAGAGUGAGAGAAGGAGUAGUUUGUCUAGACAGUCUCUUUUUUUAAUAUUAGUUAAAAUACAACUAAGCUCUGGUCCAUUAAUAUUUACAAAUAUAACUUUUGAUUUUAAAUAGUAAUUGUAUUAGUAAAAUUAACAUUAAAUUAACAAUUAAUAAAUAAUGUAAAAAUAUACCUCAUUGUCUAGUGUUGAUUAACUUAACUUUCUAUAAAAAUUUAGGGCCUUAAUGUUACUGCAGUUUUUUCACAGUGGUAUCGAAAAUGGUAUCAAAUAUCGAUAUUUUUUCAGAUAACGUAUCGAAGUUAGGAAUUCCAGUAUAUUGACAACACUACAUUGGAGGUAGUAAGAAUGCACUCUCAGUGUAGUAGAAUGUGCCCGCAGGGACGCGCAUCAUCAAAGCUGAGUCUGGACGUUGGAGUUGGGGUUACACCCAACUUUUUUUACGUCUUACGUACCUGGAGAGCUCAUCCUUUAAGAGCUGAGAAUGUUUAUUGUGAGAAUGUCUCCUCGUGCUGGGAAAUAGAAAUCUUCUGCCCAGUUUCAUUUAUAUUACUUGAACAUAACACAGAUGUUCGCAUAGUCCCAAUUUGAAUGGAUCUGAUAAAAAGAAUCACCACUGUGAUUUCAAGCAGUAAUAUAACCGUUGACUAGCAUGUCAAUGUUGACAUUAAAGCGACACUGUAGAACUUUUGCUCACAGGCUCCCCCAUGUGGUUGAUAUGCGUAAUUGUCUGUUAGCAGUGUUGUAAAUAAUGUCGCUUUAUAUGCUUCCCAGUGGGCAGCGCAAUACACAUGAAUUUGUUUAAGUAAGUUGAUGGAACCAGCGAAUGCAGAAACGUUGUUUGGAAACUCUUCCGCAGGCAGGGGAUGGGACCCCAACCAGCCACUAGGAGGCUGCUCAGGUAGCAGCAGGAGUACAGUUCAUCCAAUGAGCCUGUUCCUGCACCCGCACCUCAGUUUUCAACAGACCUCCGGCAAGUUCAGCUGUAGUUUCACAGGACAGUGGCGCUAAUCUCACUAUGGAUUCGUUCAGGCAAAACUCGGCAGAAUUCGACCCAGACGUCCUAAACCAGACAUCAGAAGAUGACUUUCAGUUUGAGAUGAAAAACUGUUCUUUUCAUCCAUUUUCAGCAGUUCGUGAUGCCGGAAGAUCUGUGGUGUCAGAUAGUCCUUCUCCAGACUUGGUUCAGGAUGCCUAUGAUGGAGACGAUAAUGUCACACAGCCACAAGAAAUCAAAGCGCUUUUUGAUUCUGACGCAGUAACUUCCUGUUCACAUCUGCAGCAACUCGAUUCAUCUGACCUUUUUUCAAACGUUAUCAAAGAGGCGGAUGACCGGCCGACAUCUCUUCCUGAUAUUCUGAAAUCUUCUCCACUUAACCCUGACAAAGUGGACUCGGGCUCAUCUGAAGGCAGCCCUGAUUUGAGCCCGGUGCAUAAAAGUGGGAGCGAUUCCCCAAAUUCACAGAUUUCUGUGUCUGCUAACAUUCCAUUGGGAUUUGACUCCAAAAUCUUACUGCUGAAGGAGAUGGCUGAGGAGACAGAAGCCAGAGCGGUAGAAACGGCAAAUCUGGAUGCUGAGAAGAUUUCUGAGCAAAGUUUUGUUGCUUUUGAUCUUGUCAAGGAGACAGACGUGCCCCCAAAGAGAGAGCGCCUAUUGAAGGACAAAGAUGCAGAAACAUCCAUUCAGAUGAAAGACAAAUUUGAAUGUCUUCACUUUCCAACCGAAAAGGCUCAAGAACACUCGGAUUCUGAGAGUCCCUCUGCAGAGUCGUUCUCUCCGGUGCUGGAUGCAGUGGCCAAAAGACCCAUGGAGCAUGAAAACGCUGCUGUCAGGGAGGAGAUUGAAGCCAUUGAUGAGGUGUCAGAGCAAGAGGUCUCUUCUGAAGAGUUUGAGUUUGUUGAGAGACCGCCACGAGGUGCCGCUGAUGAGUUUUUGGAAAUACAGGAUAGUGGGACGUUUUAUGAAGAGCAAUCCCCAGGUCUGGAACCAUCAUCAGCUCGACACGCAGAAGAUCAAAGCUCUUACCAUCUUCUGUCCCAGCUGUCUGAUGAGUCCUCUCCUGUGAGAGGUAAGACGGGCCUGGAAACUGCUUUCCAAGCUUCUCUAAUCCUUACUCCUGCGGACCAGAGUGGGCUUGAGAAGACUGAAGUCAGCAGCCUGUUUUCACUGAAAGCAGCCUCAGAAGCUCUAGUGUUGUGUCAUUACCCUUUGCACUUCUGCAUUCACAUCCACACAGAAAACAUGGAGGAGAAGACAGACUGCCAGACCUCUCCACACUGGAAAGUGAAGGUGCUGGAUGUGGUGUACUGGCGUGACGUGAGGUGGAGCGCUGCGGUCUUCAGCUUCAGUCUGCUGCUGCUGCUCUCUCUCUCCUGCUGCAGUGUCAUCUCUGUUAUGGCGUACACAACUUUAGCUCUGCUCUCGCUCACCGUCACAUUCAGGAUAUAUAAAGCCAUCCUGCAGGCUGUCCAGAAAUCUGACCGAGGACAUCCCUUCAAGCAGUACCUGGAUAAAGAUGUGGCUUUGUCAACGGAUGUUGUGCAGAAAUACAGUGACGUGGCUCUGAGGGGAAUCAACGGUGGAUUGAUUGAACUGCGGCGUUUGUUUCUGGUGGAGGAUUUGGUCGACUCUCUGAAGUUUGCAGUGUUCUUGUGGAUCUUGACGUAUGUUGGUGCAGUGUUUAAUGGAACUGACUUUGUCAUCUGGGUUUGGUUGGCGCUUUCAGCCGGUCCAGUCAUCUAUGAACAACAUCAGGCCCAGAUUGAUGCAUUCAUUUCCAUGCUGAAGAAUCAGAUGAAGGAUUUCUGGGGGAAGAUUCAAGCAAAAGUUCCUGGAAUGAAGAAGUUAGAGUGAUGCGAUGUUAUUGUGGCUCCUCCUCACCUCCCUUCAGUCAUUUCUGUUUGUUUGUUUGUUUGUUUGUUUACACGAGCAGAUUAUUUUGAAGUGAAGUGUUGAUUAAUGCAGAAUGAAUCAUGAUGAUCUUGUGUAAUUCGAGAUUGACAUCUCUGGUUUUGUAAAGACACGUCUGAAUGCUCAUCUCUUCACUUCUGAAUAAUGUUUGUUUUUUCUUUUUAACGAGGGAAAGUGAAAUUGACGGUGGUUUUACUCUUAGAUUGAUUGACUCAAGAGUUGGGAAAAAAAGCUUUAUUUCAUGUUUUGGCUGCAGUAAAAUCUCUGGAUAAACAUGUUUACUUCACUUAAAAGAACCUCUUGUAUUUAAUUCUAUUUAUCUGUUAAUAUGAAUAUGAAACUGACAUGAGAUGGAGGAAUUGUGAGUGAAAGUUUUGAAUUCUGUGAAAUGCAUUGCGAGCACUAAUAAAGCUUGCAAGAUAAUAAAUGA